UCAUCCAAUGUGGCACUGUUGCGGAUUCAAAUCUAUUCAAUUAAAAUUUUAAUAUUCAUCGCCUAAUUUUUAAAUCUCAGAAUAAUUAUUUACAUAAAAGAACUGAAAUAGAAUGAAUAAAUAUUAUCUCGUAAAUAGACUUUAAAAAAUGUCCUACAAAAUAUUAGAACUAUACAGCGGCAUUGGUGGUAUGCACUGUGGAUGGAAUGAAUCUGGAAUACCAGGAGAAAUUUCUACUGCUGUGGAUAUUAAUACAGUUGCCAAUGAGGUUUAUAAACACAAUUUUCCUCUAACUAGAUUACUUAAUAAAAAUAUACAAUCCUUAACACCAGAUAAUAUAAAAAAAUUUGAAGUAAAUACAAUUUUGAUGUCUCCACCAUGUCAGCCUUUCACAAGAAAUGGAAAAUGUUUGGAUGAUAAUGACCCACGAACCAACUCAUUUAUUCAUUUAAUUGAAAUUCUGGACCAACUAAAUAAUAUUGAAUAUAUAUUGAUGGAAAAUGUAAAAGGUUUUGAAUGUUCUAGUGUUAGAAAUUUAUUUAUUGAAAAGCUUAAAGAGCUAAACUUUGAUUAUCAAGAGUUUCUGUUGUCACCAUCUAUAGUUGGUGUGCCCAAUUCUAGACUCAGAUAUUACUGUAUAGCAAGGAGAAACGGAUUGUCAUGGCACUUUAAGAGAAAAGACAGUAUUAUGACCACCUUACCAAAGUUGUAUGAGCAACCCUAUGCUUUACAAGAUAUAAUAGAGUCUGAUGUCUCAGAUAAAUUCAUAAUUAAAGACAAACUAUUGAAACGGGCAAACAUUUUUGAUAUUUGCUAUAAGGAUUCUAGACGUUCUUGCUGUUUCACAAAAGCAUACUCCCAUUAUGUGGAAGGAACGGGCUCAGUGUUCACUGAAGCAAAUCAAGAAUAUGUUAAAAAAUGUUUUGAAAAAGCAAAUACUUAUGAAAUAGGUUGCAAUAAAUUUAUUGAAACAUUAAAGGAACUCAGACUUAGAUUUUUUACACCAAAGGAAAUUUUGUCACUUAUGUCAUUCCCUGAAGUAUAUGAAUUUCCUAAAAAUAUAUCUACAAAACAGUGUUACAGAUUACUAGGGAACAGUGUCAAUGUGAAAGUUAUAUCUGAGUUAUUAAAAUUACUAUUUGAUAAAUAAUAUAUUUUAAUUAUUCAGUAAACAGAUUCUUAUAAAAUGAAAAAAUAAUACCUAUAGUAUAUUAUAAUCUUCCAGUAAUAAAUAUUUAUCAAUCAAUUAGAUUAUAUUUAAA